AUGACCUUGUGCAAUCUAUGCAAGGGCAUACCCUGGGAAACACUUCCUUCAGUCCCACCCGAUCUCGACGUUGAACUGAGCGGGUAUCCAUACCUCCAACCAUUCUACCGAUGGCCCGAAGACGUUAGAGGUUACUCUCAUCAUCAAAGCCUCGAAGCCUUGCGGAAUUCCGCAACAGCGCUGAGCUGUGAUCUCUGCCGCCUGAUCCUUAAGCAAGUAGAAUCAUGCCAAUCAGAGUUGGAAGAGCUGAAGCCGAAAUGGGAAGCCGACACUAUCACCAAGUACGACUGGCCAUUAUGGGAACUUUGGAUUGUGAAGCGAGAGAAUGGGGGAGAUGGAUUUUGGGUCAUGAGUUUGACGGAUGGAAAGGAGAAAAAAGAAGUGAGGCUGGUGGCGGCGAUCGGACUUUGUGUGAGAGAUGGUGAGAUUUCACACUUCAUCCAAGACUAUUGCUGGGGUAAUGAACAGGCAUGCACUACCACCAAAGCCACACUUGCAGAUCGAAAGCGCCAAAUCAUAAUUUCUGACCUACCAAAGACGCACCAAGAUGCUAUCAAACUGGCACGAGAGUUAGGAGUGAGAUACCUGUGGAUAGACAGCAUCUGCAUAUGUCAAGAUGACCACGAGAAUUGGGAGCGGGAAUCGGCCAAGAUGCUAUCCAUCUACCGCAAUGCGUAUCUGACAGUCGCUGCUUCGAGAGCCAAGGACAGCUCUGAAGGACUAUUUGGAGAAAGGCCGACUAGGGAAUACGUUGAGCUCGGGUAUAAAUCUGGUGACCUACGAGGGCAAGCUUUGGCGUUUAAUCUACCCCUCCACGAAGAAGCCAUCUCCAGCGACUACAUAUCUAUGCCGGAUGAGCCACUCUCGGAUCGCGCCUGGGGUCUUCAGGAGCGUGUCCUAUCCCAUCGGAUGCUACUAUACGGCACUCAACAACUGUUUUUUGAAUGCAACAAGGGAUUUAGAGGGGAAGAUGGUCUGUCCCUCAAAGACCGAUUCAAGAGUGUGCACCAGGAUUUGGAAGAAGAGCCCGAAGGAGCAGAGCAAUCCCGAAACGAGGCUAGCUGUGAGGACGACAAGAUUUCCAACAAGAAAGCGGCAUUACUGGGAUCAUGGUACAGCCUUCUUUGGUUAUAUGGACCGCGGAAACUCACAAACGCCUCGGAUAAACUCCCUGCCAUGUCUGGUCUUGCUAGCGUCUUUGCAGAACGGCUUGAUGACGAAUACGUGGCUGGCCUUUGGCGUUCUCACCUCAUUGAAGGGCUUCUGUGGCAAGGUUUGAGAUGUAGACGAGUGCAAGAGUACAGAUCGCCUUCCUGGUCAUGGGCAUCCAUGGAUGGAAUUCCUGGCCUAGGCGUCGAAGAGGAUUAUGAUACCCUGGCCAAGGUACUAGACGUCAAAGUGAAUCUGAAAGGCGCAAAUCCUUACGGCGAGGUCACCGACGCAAGAAUCAAGAUACAGGCGCCAAUGGAACGUCUCUAUCUUGCCAUCGAGGACUGGGACCCUAACAAAGCAGGCUUCGCUUAUGACAACAAUCCGAAAGUGCGUACGCCAAACGGCAAACCGGAGGGUAUCCACUCCCGCUUCGACUUUGACUUCACGGCUGAAGAUGCUCCGCAAGAGGCACUGAAACUUGUCAAGAGUUUAGAGGGAGCAGAGCUUUUUGCUUUGAUUUUAUUGAAGGUGACGGAGGAGAGUUACGAUGACCAAUACCAGGCUCUAAUUGUUGCAAAAGUGAAGGGGGGUGAAGAAUAUCAGAGGUUGGGGUUUAUUUUCAUUGACGAGGAGACACUGGGACGAAAACCAGAGGAGCAGCCAGAGGAAGACGUUCCUAUCAUUACGCUUGUGUAAGGUAGUCCGACUUAGUCAAGUAGGGAGUCUGAUAGAUUACCAUGGGAAAG